CUCUGGGCUACAGCUUGUGUAAAUCAGGAAUGCUAUUAAAUAUUAAUGUCACGUGCAAAUUAUCCAAUUUAUUCUGAUGCGUCAAAAGUUAAAGACACACAGAAGACAAGUAUACAGAUCUAUCUAGCCAGCCUUUUGAUUUUAUAGAUCCUUGUACCAGUGUCUGUUGUGCCACAACUUGUGGAUUAGCAUGGAACAGCUGAUGAACAUAGAAAUCUUGGCAGUCCUUCUUUGAACCGAGGAGUGGCAGCGAUUUAAGACAGCUUGUACAAGUCUGACUACUCUCAAUUCAACUGCUGCCGUCUGCCAUUAUCUGUCUUGUAUUGUACAGGUUAUUAAAAGCUUUAGGCAACCAAUGACUUUCGGCUGCCAGUUCUCAUCACAUAAAACUAAAACAAGCUAAUCUCUGCUGGUGUCUUAGAUGACUAUAUCCUAGCUGAAUGCCUGAUGAUGUUAUUACUCCAUCAUCUUCUCUUUUCUAGCACUAGCAUCCAUUCUUAAACUGUAGCUAAGAAGCCUGCGAUCACUUUUGCAGGCUACGCAAUUCUACUUAACCUCACGCAAUUUUUGGAUCACGUGGAAAAAUCAAUGAAUAAUCUCUACCCAAAUUCUGGUAGAGACACAAAAAAUGUGUCCCAGAGUCACCAGUCCCUUUUCUCCCGCCCCCGUCCAAUCAGAGAAAAGGGAGUGGCUUGCGAGUCUAGCUCAUAAUCGAGUCAAAAGCCUCAAAGGACGGCUGGCUGAUGGAGAAUAUGUGCUCUGUGCCGAGGGUUACCUAAACAAUCUCGCUAGGAUGGGUUACGUCGCUCACGGUGUUUGGGUCCCCGAGUUCAUUCUGGAGCAGCCUGAGGUGCUGCGUAAUGUCCACUAUGAGUUUGUACAUGCUGGAACAGAUGUCACUGAGGCAUUUCAGUACUACACCCACCGCGAGCGAAUGAAGAUGAUUGGUCGUGAGGCAAACCUGGAGACUAUCAAUCGGACUGCUCUGAAGAUUGCAAGAGAAGUUGCAGACAAAAACAGAACACUAAUGGCCGGAGGGAUAAGUGACACAGACUUGUACAAAGAAGGCGAUCGUGACUCAGAGGAUCGCAUUAGAGCUAUUUUCGAGGAGCAAGUUCGCUGGGCAAAGGAAGAAGGUGCUGAUUACAUCAUUGGCGAAACUUUCCCUUAUUUCAGAGAAGCUGAAAUCGCACUAGAAGUUAUAAAAUCGUUUGAUCUUCCGGCAGUUGUAACCAUGACAAUUCUUAAGCCUAGUCCAGAUGGAAAACUGAGGACGUUGGAUAAUAUUCCCGUAGGGAGAGCAUUUCGCACACUUCUUGAUAAAGGAGCUGUCGUUACUGGGCCUAACUGCUCUCGAGGCCCGCAGCAAACCAUGAAAGUGAUCAGAGAAAUGAUUAAAGAGAUUCCCCCUGAAAAAGUAUGUGCCCUACCAACUGCCAUGCGAACGACAGACAAAGAGCCGACCGGUUUUGAACUCACUGAUAAAUUUUGCCCCGAGAACAAUCCAGUGUACCCUCGAGGAAUGGACCCGUUUUAUGUUAGUGAACUCGAGAUACGAAUGUUCACGAGACAGUGUAUGGACAUUGGCAUGAAAUACAUGGGGAUUUGCUGUGGCAACACGGGUAGCUACACUCGAGCAAUGGCCAUGGAGAUGGGACGGAAGCCUCCAAGCAGUAGGUACUAUAAUGCAGCUAACUUUGGGAUGCCUCCUGAUCAAAUUGUGUAACGUAAUUAUCAUUUACAUGUACUCCCAAUUCGAAUUGUCAAAGAGGCUAUACUGUUAUACUUUUCGAUUGG